AUGAUUUAUCUAACGUACCUGAAAACAAGCCAUUUUAACCUUAAGCCUCAUAAUGUAGAAUCAGUGCUCAAUAGUGAUAAUGAGGGAGUGUUCCUUUUGAGGAACUCAUGUACUUCGGACAUUUUGAUGUAUACUAAUAAAACGUGCAAGGAAAACUAUCUAGAGCAGGAGGUAUCAUGCUGCAGCACUAAUGUGCGUUCCCUGUGUACCAGAGAAAAGCAAAUCCAGCUGAAUAUGCAAAGCACACAAAGCACUCAAAAUAAAGGAGAAGAUGAAGUCCAAGAUGAGGGCAUACCAAGAGCAGGAAAUAAACUCACCACCGGUUUGCACAACAGGGAUAGGCACUGUGGUAAGUACAAACACGAAUCGAAUUCCUGCAGGGCCCAACUGCUAAAAGGUACACUUAACAAAAACAUAAGCAAAAUAAAGGGGAAAAAAAAAAUAACAAAGCAGGAAAAUCGAUCGAAGAGAAAGCACCAAUACUUAUCCAUUAAAAAUAGUUUUAAAGGAAAUAUAAUUGUAAACAAGGAGAAAUGCGAACAGCUGCUCCGUAGCAACUACUGGAAAAAGGCUACAGGGGGAUUCAUCAAGGAGAGAAAAAUAAGAAAGAAUGUACACUCAUUCGAGAAAAAAAAUUUCCUAAACACUGUAGAAAAUUUCCUAGCUUCAAAAAACACUACAGUUCAUCUCAAGAAAGCUUGUGAACAUUUUUUUAAGUCUUUUAAGCAAAACAUACAAUCUACCACUGCACAGAAGUGUCUACGUAGAAUCAGUAAGGGCAGGGCUCCCAAAGAGGGAAAUUGCUCUGUGGAUAUAUUAGACAUCACUGAAAAGUAUGCUAGGGGAAAUUCUCUAUACGCCAUGUGUAUAGAAUAUAACCCUAGUUGCAGAAAAAGGGAUGAAGGAAGAAGGUUAGCUGUUCUCAUUAAAAAGCAGGUUGUCAACAUGAAAUACUUUGCAUGCACAGAAAGAAAAGGUAAUGCAAAUGUUCUAGGUCAAAAGGGGUCCAUUACCUCAGGGAACGCACAAUCAAGUGCUUCAUUUCACAAAAGAAAUAAAACAAAUGAUGUGAGACGGAGGCGACCUAAUAAGGAGCCAUUCAUCGUAGUACUUCAAGUCAUCAUGGAUGUGAAUAAUGUAGACAUGAAUUAUCAUGACAAAUGCAUGAAAGCAUGCCAAGAAAUCCCGUUGUCGUGUGUCCUUUCUGUUGAGAGCUGUCCCCUGAAUUAUAAUGUUGCCACCAUGAACUGCAACAUCAAGUUGAGAGGUAUUCCUGACGUAAACCAAAAGAAACACAAAAAUAAAAUACAAAACAAAAACAUAAUCAACAGAAGAAAAAAUAAGAAUAACAAAGAAAAAUCAAAAAUCAUCACAAACGUAGUGCACUUCCUAAACCACUUGAGCAGUACUGUCCCACACAUAAGGACGAACAGGUGUUUUAUAUCCUUAGCAGGUUCAACAAUUUUGUGCAAGACAUAUAACGUACAAGGCAGCAUUAUAGAAUUGCUAAUUUGCACCAAGAAAAAGUACCAUGGCACAUGUCGAAUCGUAAUUGCAAGGAUAAUAAGCAUACCACAUUGCAUGCAAGGAGACACCCAUCAAUGCAUACGAAAUAAUAUUUACUACGAAUUGUACCAAGCAGUUUAUUUAGCGCGUCAUUGCGAUGUUAUAUUUCACAAUGCAAUUAUGAGUAGCUUCUAUAAUAUAACUCAUCAGCAGUCAUUUUUGUGCGUACAAAAUUACUUAGAAAAUUGCAUCAUAGGAAUGGGCUAUUCAUUCUUCCAAAACAGCAAGUCAGCAUUCGCCAUCUUUCGAGCUGUGUCCAAUUCAAUCUCCAUCUCUACCACAGUGAGAAACAAAUUACCCUUCCCAAAACCCUUAUUUUUCAGAAAGUACAAAAUCUUCGUUACACAAUAUCAGAAUAUCAUCAAUUAUGCUAUUUUUUUUCUUGAUCUAUGUGAACACAUCAUCACUUAUCAUUAUAAAAAGAAAAAAAUUCUGCUACGUACGAAAGAAAAAAUAAGUCUAUUACUCUAUUACUUUGGAGAUCGACAUGGUGUUGUGAAAUACCAGCGCAAACAUUUUUUCCACCGUAUUUGUAGCAAGCGUUGUAGUAAGCAAGAAAAGUAUUGUGAAAAAGAUUUUGUAAGCUGGUUGUCUGAUCUGAAACUCGAAGAUAUCAAAUAUGAAGUGCAAACCUAUUUGUCAGCUUAUUUGCAACAUUUCAAGAAUAAAAAAGGGCAGACGGAAAAGUCGCAUGAAUGUGUACAUCAAAACGAAGUGUGCCCUCAUCAUCAGAAUAGCCCAUGCAGUUCUUCAAAUUAUCAUAGUACACUGUAUUACGCAAUGAAGAAGCUAAUUCUCUAUUUUUGCCACUACUUUGCUGCUCCAUAUGAUACCAAAACAAAAUAUGCGAAUAUUUGCAAGAGGAGGCAUACGUUAAAGAAGCCCAGCGCGGGUGCAUCAGAAUGCAGAAAACAUUUCUUGCACAUACAUGUUAUGCACACACUUACUGGUUUCCUCAAACGCGAUGUUGUUGAAUUAGCAUAUGCUCGAAUGGGGCAGGCGUCUAGCUUUCACGGACCCUCACAUCGCAAUGCAAGUAGUGUCUGUAGCAGUUCCAAUAGAAGCUCCUGUGGUAGUACACACGAAGGAAGCCAUAAAAAUCGAAUACACAUAGGAAUAAGACUCCGUGCAAGACAACACAAAAACCAUGUUAUCUACAACCCCAACUGCACGAUUAAAUGUGAAGAAACGGCAAAGAGAGCAUGCACAAGUGAUCAUACACAAAGGUACAAAUCGAAUAAUUUCAACACACGGAUGCUGGACCAACCACAAGAUAUACACUCUCAAUAUUUAAAAGUCCAAUUGAAGAGAAAAUUAGCGCUACACAUCAUGCUCCGAAGAGGCAGUCAACAAAAACGUUGUGGUAGCAACAAUGACAAGCCAACCAUUCACACACAUAAACCGAAUGAUAGCAGAAGAAAUAUACACGAAAGGAACCCUAUCAGUAGUGACCAUUACUACAUAGGAAAAGUAUGCUUAACGAAAAUUCACAACAACGUGGUUAGGACGACUGACCAAAUAGAGAACAAAAUGCACUACACGUGGAGCUACACACACACAAAUGUCAAAGAUUGCAUCAAUAAUAGACAUGUCGGAAAUGACUCCAAUACGCUCAUAAUCAUUAUUAGGGAUCAGUUAAAGCGUUCCAUAGAGCGACUUAGGUAUCAUAUAAUCUUUUGCACCACAUGUCAAAAUAUUUUACACCAUAAUGUGAACCAUAUGAGUUACUGCCACAAUAGACCGCAAAUAAGGUUGCAUAGGAAUCCGAACUGUUUUAUACAUCGAGCAGUGUAUAUGCACGUAUGUGGGAACUACGGUUUCGAAAAUGGGUGCAAUAGACAUUGCCGCAGCAACUGUGACAGCUACUUCCAUAGCAGCAUUCCCCAUAGAGGAUACCACCAGAAUUGUUACCAUCAUAGCGACUACGACAAAAACGGCUACUGUUACAACUUCUUUCUGCAUAACAACACCUCUCAUAAUAAAAGUUGCCAUAGGUGCUAUUCUCUUUAUCUUAAAGGCCUGGACCUCAGCAGCAACCAUUUUAUAGGAAGAAAUAACGACGUUCCCAAAUACGGCAAUAUAAUUUUUGUUAAAAGGGAAGAACUCCACCAGAAAGAAAAAAAAGACAUCAGCUACUACUUCAACGUCUUUUUCAACAACAAGAGUAACAACAAUUUCAGCAGAACCGUCGACAGAAACAAAGAAAUCAACUGCACCCACACGUACACCCAACCUCAUCAAAAAAAUGGACAACCAAAUUAUUAUAUUAUCCCCAACGAUGUGUAUACUAUUAAUAAUAACAAUGUGAACAAACAAAAUAUAUUGUGUACAAUGUGCAAAAGCAGAAGCGUGAGAAAAAAUGAACAUUAUUACCAUACCAACAGUAUUGGCAACUCAUUUGAGGGAAUUUCGAAUAUGAAAAAGGACCCGAACAUUCAUAAUACACAUGGAGGACACAGUUCUAACAAUUAUUUAAACGCAUCUUUCUUUGACGAACAGUGCCUUUCCAAUAAUGCUUUAAACGACGAAAUGGGUAAAGGAAUGCUCCCAUCGAAUUCGAACCGUGAUUUGCCAAACGCAAACUCGCAUGUUUUAAAUAAAAGCCGUGCACUGAAUGACUACAGAAAGUGCAAUAAUGUUAACCAAGUUACGAACAUCUUUUGCAUGUGUGGUAUCAGAGUCGACGCUAGCGAGAACGAGGAGAGUCACAAUCAAGGCUGCUGCAUCGAAGGGUGCGACAAGGACAAUGGCGAUAACGAAGGCGGAAACAACCGAAGUAGUAACGAAGAAGGCACAGACAAUCAGGGGGACAAGGAGAGCAAUGAGGGUUGCAAAAAGAGGGGGGCCGACAACAAGAACAACAAUAAGAACAACAACAAUGGCCGAAGCGGCAGAACAAAUGGCGACAACAGCAACCAUGACAACAACAAAGACGACGAUAACGAACAGGAGGGAAACGACCAAAACAGAAGAGGCUGCAAUAAACACAAUACCUGCAACACUACCAGAAAAAAGAAAAAAAGCAAGAAAAAAAAAACAGAAAAAAAAAAGAUUAGUUAUAAGCAUAAAAAUAUUCAAAAAAAAAAUAUGCUUAAUUCUAAGUGCGCUAAAGGGAGGAAAAAAAAAAACAACAGAUUUGCUAAGAGCAAUGAAGAAAAUAAUGUAGACAACAAGAAGGAAGAUGCAGACAAUGCAGGAACACCCCAUAGCGGGAAUAUCACCAAAAAGGGUAAAUUGACCAAUGAGAACAUCAUAAGUUCCAAAGCUACUAGCAGUGUGGAUGAAUCCCACAUGGAAAAAUUACCCGAAGCUUGUAGUUCAUUUAAGCGAUAUUUAGAGUUCGUAAAGAACAUAGAUUAUGACGUUAAAUUUGGAAAUGCAUACAUAAAGUUAGGAAAAAAACUGAGUUCGCAAAAUAAAUGCCAAUUUGAUGUGUACGAAGCAGAGGUUGUGGCCGUAGACAAUAUUAGCAGCUUUUUCUACUGCAACAUUCAAAACUUUGAAAACUUUUAUAGUUUACUUAAAAGAAAUAUAAACAACUAUGAUUUUCUGAAAACAAAUAUAAAUAACCAUAAUUAUGGGGAAAAUCUCGAAAUUGAUGACAGCAAUGUAGAGGACUUCCUCAAGAACUCUCAGGAUUCCAAUUUGAUUCUUAACCAUUUUACUAAUACUAUAAAUAUUGCUAAUGUAGAUGGUAAAAACAGCUCAACAAAUUCGAAAAACAUCCCUUCCAGGAAAAGAAAAUUUAUGUCUUAUAUUAACCCACCCAAGUUGGUCACCUCCAAAGAGAUCACUAACGAUCAGUCAAAUCCCGUCCAAGAUGAAAUGCCGCAAAACAAGCACAUCGACAACAUGGGCAGUACUCAUGAAAAUGUAAGUACCAUCAAGAAGUGCAAAGACGCACGUAACAACGUGGUGGACAGCAUUCCUAACAGUAGUGCUAACACCAAAGGUGCACCCCCGAGCGAUAUGUACACCUCCAGGAUAGUUAACAUUAAUAUCAAUGCCAAUGCCAAUGCGAAUUCUACGGCUAGUGCUAAUAAAAAUGCAGACCCCAGUGUAAGGCCAGAAGGCUCAAAUCUUACAAAUAGGGUCGGCGCCAUCAUUGCAGGCGACCAACGGCCCAAUACGGGGCUUCCCCAUUCGACUGCCCUACGAAGAGGCCAAAACGACACACAUUCCAAUGUUUUCAACAACAGAAUGAUUAACAAAACCUUCUCUAUUAUGAACAAGGACAGAGAAUUAUUGUCCAACUGCAGGAAUAGAAAUAAUGGAAAUAAUAGUAUCAACGGUGAAAAUUGUAGUAAAGCCGUUGUAGGGGGUAAACUGCCCAACCUCCUGAGGUCGAACCACAUGGACAAUUUACGCCAAAAUGGGCAACAAAAUGGACAGCAAAACUUGCCCCAAAACUCCCCCAAAAGAAUCCCCCGCAACGCGCUCUGCAAAAGCCUCAUCCAAGCAAUAAACAGAAUAAAUUUCUUAAAAAUGUUUGGAUAUAAAUCCAUAUACGACCAACUAAAAGAUCAAUGUAAAGUAUUCCUUGUGCAAAAAAUGACCGUGGAGGCAAAUACCAUGUACAACAUAAUCAAGCACGUAAUUAGAUACAACUACAUCAACGACGCCAUAAAUAAUCCCUUUACCAUUUAUCAACAUUCGAUAAAAAACAUGCCAUCCAAUAAAUUCGCCAUCAAAAUUUUAAAUACGAGUUCAUGUGGCAUAUACAAAUUAAAGUACAAAAUACACAGCCUCCUAUCCGAGGGGAAACAACUCAAAAAUGUCAACAUCGAAAUUGAAAAUUAUGCACAGAAGAAAUACCAGUCGGAGGAAUAUAUAACAAAACGUCAUGAGCAAAGUGUGAAAAAUAUUCUUCAAAGUAAAAACUCAACCCAGUUUGAUAGCCUCUCAACUCUGAACAUCUCCAGCUCUGAUUUAUCAAACAGCCAAUACCUGGAAUCCUAUAAAAAAAUGUGUUCCCAAAAAGACACAACCACAAAUAAUCAUCCUGAUCUGUGGCGCUCCACGAAUAAACACCCCGAUUCCAGUCGCUCCUCCAAUGAAAACCUAGAUUGGUACCUUUCAGAAAUUCUCAGCAUUAGAAAUUUAAUGAAUAACACACUUGCCCCCAAUAAUGAUAUGCAGGCGUGUAAUUAUGAGCAGCAACCCAAGUACAACUACAGCAUGGAAGUUGACAAAACAAAUGAAGAUAAAAACAUCUGUGCAAGUAACGGCAUAAGUAGCACUACCACUAAUACUAAACAGAACAGCAUCAGCAGUAAUAACCUCACAAGCGAGCUGAGUCAAAUUCCAAUUGGGGAUAUUUCCACCAAUUCUCCAAACAAUGCUGUUUACCCAUUUAUAUGUAAGUACUGCUUAAACAUUUUCUUCGAGAAAGAUAUGGCCUUACCAAAUGAUGCAAAUAAAAACACCUUAAACAAAAGCCUUCUAAACAUUUACGCUGAAAAAAAUAAUGAAGACAACCAUGUUUGGGAAACAACCACGGCCAAGAAGAAAAAACUGACGGGUCAGCAUGUGGAUACCUGUGGCCAUUCAUGCGUCUCGAAAAGUGAUCCACGUGUGAAGGAAAAUAACUACAUUGUUCAAGUGGAUAGCAACGGAAGAAGUAAGGAAGAAAACGGAGAAAUUGGGAGAACCAAGAACGCCACCAGCAAUGGCGGAAGCGAAGGCGGUAGUCGCAGCGUCGGAAGUAGCCGAGGCACCCAGUGCAAUCGUAUCAGCCGCAAGAACAGCCCAAGUAUAUACCUACACACAAGAAACAGAAUCAAAAGGGAAAGCAUCAGGAGAAAGCGCAAACAAAUCGCCAACAACAAACAGAAGGCCGGUAAAAAUAAACAUGUCCGAAAUAAACGGGUUACCAAAAAGGAAACAAAAUUAAAAACAAAGCAUAAAAUUAUAAACAAAAAAAGAAGAGUAAUUAAUGCGAAAAAAGGGCGGGAAAAUACCAAUGCUGAGGUCAAAAAUAAACUUACCGAUACUGAAAAUGAGAAAAAUACGCAACAAAAUAAUACCCCUAUCAAAACAAAAAUAUCGAAAAUUCCUUCACGCGGCUGCAAACUCACAUCCCCAAUAAAGAGAGAAGUGCCACAAAGUGUAGUGUCUUGUAUUUCCUCCCCCAGUAAAAACUUACGCCAGAAUUACGACCAACAGAAUCUACCACUAAAUAUCCACGCACCGGACAAUUCUCCAAAUCAUAAUAUGAACAAUACCAACAAAAUGAAAAUCAAUGUUUGCAAAAGGUGUAAAGAGAAAAAUGCACCACUCCAAAGUUCCUUAGCAAAAGAAAUUUUUAAAAAAAACAAAACAAAUCCAGGUUCAGUACCAAAAUAUCUAUGGACAUCCGUUGGAAUAACAAAAAAUAAUGAGCAUGUGUUAGGAGUAGCUAUGCAAAUGAUUGACGGGUGUACUUUAACGUACAUUAUUCAGAAAUUAAAAGGAACGGAAAAUGUAAAACAAGGUCAAUUCUUACUGGACAUUUGCAAAAAAUUAGUUAAACAUUUAAUGAUUAUAUGCGAAUCUGUUGACAAUCCAAUUAUUAAUUGGGACACAAAACCAGGAAAUAUUAUGAUUAAAUACGAAACGGGAAUCUCAAAAAUAGUUUGUAAAAAGGUUACCAUCAUAGAUGUAGGCGAUGCCUUACCGGGCAGACGUUUCUAUUUUCCAACAAAUCCUGCGUACUAUGAAAAAAUUAGAAUUAAUAAUUUUCAAAAGAACUUUAAUAAUUUCUUAUACUAUGUAAUUUGUACCAAGGGGUUUUGUUCUCCUGAAUGUGCCCUCCUAGUAUUCCUAUUGUCAUCUCUAAAUAAAUCUGAACAGUUUAGAAAAACAUGGUAUGGUGCCAAUUCCAACAUUUUCCACAUUACCAAAACGAGACAGUUAAGAAUAAAGCACAGAUGGAAAAAGCUCCUAGACUUGCGUUUUAUUCAGCCCAUUGUGAAGAAAAAAGAUUUUAUGCUUAGUGGUCAGACAUUUAGUCCAGGGAAUGGAAAAUGCCCGUGUAAUAGUGAAGAGGACGACGUUCGAUCCAUUUCUUCAAGGAACAAGGAUAGUACUUACUGUGCCAGUGUCAGCGAUGGCAGCAGCUAUAACCGCAUGAAUAACAACAGGAAUAAUGCCAAAAGUAGCACCAUUUCCAACACCAAAGGAAACAGCAGUGGUAGUAAGAGAACGAUCCACAUGGAGAAAAACGGUGCUGUUCCCCACCCGGUAAGUGUCAACGUCAGCCUUUCCCAUAACCAUCCAAAUAUGAGAGGUGUAAGCGGAAAUGGAACCAUUCGAAACAGCAACAACGGCAACUCGCUCUCUGCUAAUCCGGCCAGUAGCAUUCCUCACAGCGGCGCUACCCAAAACGGUAACUCUUACAACAGCACGAACAUGAUACAGAAGGACCGAGAUAAUGAAAUAAAUGGAAAUAGCGGCUAUAAGAAAAGCAGUAGCAACCUCAUUAAAGAAAAAGAAAACAGUGUAUCCCCACGAUGCAAACCGGUUGACCUCGUCCCACCCAACGUCAAUUCAGAACAGGCGAAUGCCGAGUCGUCAGAAAAACGAGCAACCUCGGAUAUUCAUCAUCAAAAUAGUGCAGAAGAAGACAUAUUAAAAGGUCACUACUUAAUGAAGAUAUGCACGCAUGACAUGAACGAUGAUGGUGCGCUAGAACAUUACUCAGAUAACGCAGAAAUAAAAGAGUUUUUAAGUAAAAAAGAUGAAAAAAUAAAAGAUAUGGAAAUCAAAUUAAACGAAUCGGAAAAGAAAAAAAAAAAAAAAAAAGAAAUUGAAUAUUUUAAAAUGCAAAAUAUUGACUCAUGGGUGGUCAAGUUCACAACAAAAACCACAAUCUUCAGCGUUGGGCUAGUAUUAUGCCAAUUAUUUGGUGGAAACAAUUUAUUAAGCGUUGUUAACAAAGACGAAGUAAAGGUAGUCGAUGUGUUGUGUGAAUGGAAUUGUAAAAACAGUACUAACAUUUAUUCUGGAGAAAAAAAUAUCACCAUUAAUGAUUUAUUGCCAAGUAAAGGAAUUUUUUCUGAUGCCUUAUGGAAAAGGAAAAUUAAAAAAAUAAUAAACAAAUGCUUGCAAUUUGUACCAUCCAGAAGAUGCUCAUUUAAGGAAUUGUACGAGGACGUAAAAAAUUUCAAAAGAGAAUUUGAAGCUUACUACAAUUUAAACGAUGGCUCCAAAUGUGAUUCAUAG